AUUAUCAAUUCUCCCCUCUUCCUUCCCCUCCCCGCCUUGGAGAGGCCAACGGAAUAGGAUUCCGGGAUUUCCUCGACUCGGAGCGAAACAGGGUUUCCCGAAAUCUCCGGGCUUUGCUGCCAAUUUCGCCGCCUCACGAGCUCGACGCGCGUAGCAGUUCGUCGUGCCGCCGCCGCCGCCGCCCGAAGGGGCUGCAGUGAGCCGGCCACGGAUUGAUUCCCUCUCCGGAUUGAUUGGUUGAUUGUUUGCUGCAUCAGAAUGGGGAACCUUCUGAAUCUCAUGCGUGGAAUAGGAGAUGAUCAGUUUGAACCGUGGCCCAUUCUGGGUUUCAGGGCUAUAUCGGGCCAAACCAGAUGGAAAGCAAUCCAUAAAAAAUUAAUAGCUACUGGCCGGUUUCAACUGUUGAGCAUGGUGGUCUGCAUAGCAAUCUAUAAGAAGGGGAUACUGAGUGGUCGAUUUACAUUGUUCAGCAUUCUGACUUGUGGUGUUAUAUCCGACUACAUCUGUCACAGGUUAAUCUCUGAAAAGCGGAUACCAAGUGAUCCGUUCGACAGCCUUCCAGAGGAUCUGCUAUGUACAAUUUUAUCAAAGUUGCCUCUGGAUGAGGCUGUAAGGACCAGUGCCGUGUCAAGGAAAUGGAGAUUCUUGUGGACAGUUUGUCCAAACCUGAGAUUUGAAGGAAUUACAAUGUGUGGGAAAGAACAAGAUGUUCAGAAGUUCAUCGAUAAUGUUAAUGCAGUCUUGGCACAGUGCCACGGCAGUUUUUUUGACGAGCUUGCCAUCAAAUUUGAUUUUGACACCUUGCUGGUUGACCAUCUCAAUAAUUGGGCUCGCUUUGCGGCAUCCUCACGGAUAAAGUACCUAACUUUUGAUUUGGCACCGGAACGUUUUGGAGGUCGUUAUGAUCGGUACUUAUUCCCGUUCCAACUUUUAGAUAGUGGAAGUAUUUCUCGUCUACAGAAAAUCCAUCUUAGCUUUGGAUAUCUCCAGCCACCAACCGGGUUCAGUGGUUUCCCUAACCUACGGAAGCUUGAUCUGAACUUAGUGAAUGUCACUGCAAAAGAUCUUCAAGACAUGUUGUCAAAUUGUUGUAACCUAAAGUGGUUAAGUAUUGUUAGAUGUCAUCUCUAUGAUGAGCUAAAGGUCAAUGGUCCACUGCCUCACCUGCUAUACUUAUAUUUUUCAUUCUGUGAGAUAACGAAGAUUGCACUGCAUGCUGUGAAACUCACAAAUUUUGUAUACAAGGGAAAGCCGGUAUGUAUCGACCUCGGCAAAUCUUCAAAACUGGAAAGUGCAGAUAUUAGGUUUUAUCGAGUAACUCUUGAGGAUGCUACCACCCAACUUGCUAAUGUGUUUACACAUGUUCAAAUUCUAACUUUUGAUGCUUGCUACGAACCACCACAGAUACCCUGCCUGGUGCAUAAGCCAUGCAUGUUUUCGCAGCUGAGGCAUUUGAAACUGAUGCUGCUAUUUGAAAGCGAUGUUGAUACUCUGAAUUUGGUCUCCUUUCUGAUGUCUGCUCCUUUCAUCGAAAUUUUGGAGAUGGAUUUAAUUGUUUCUCCUUUCUCAUACACGGGGCAUGUGUCGCUGGAGGGACUUGUGGACCGUCCAUAUAAACAUCUGAAGAAUGUGUGCAUGACGGCAUUCCGAGGAUCCAGAGGCCAGCUUGAAUUUCUUUUACACAUAGUGGAAAAUGCCCCUGCGUUGGGAUUUUUAACUAUAGACCAUACGUAUAAACAGGUGAAGCAUGCGUGGAAAGAUGCUGAAAAGGAAGUGAAAUUUGUGGAUUUAGUUCAUGGAACGGCUAGAAGAUAUCUCGAAGGAAAAAUCUCUUCCCGGUGUUCUCUGAGAUUAGUUUAAGUAGGUAGGGUUUAAGUGAGACGCAUAAACAAUAAUUGGAGCUUUGUUUUCGUUCUGAACUUAUUAAUAUAAUCUACCGGGGGU